AUGACACCAAAUUUAGCAUUUAAUAUUUGUAUGAUUGUCAUUUGGGGUAUUCUUUUAGCAAGUCAAAUAGUACAAGUAAUAUAUAAACAAUAUUGGUUUUCAACAGCUUUUGUAUGUACAGGUAUAUUAGAAGUAUUAGGCUAUAUUGGUAGAACGUGGUCUCAUUCAGAUACAACAUUGAUGGACCCAUUUUUAUUAAAUAUGAUUUGUUUAACAAUUGCACCUGUCUUUACAAUGGGUGGUAUUUAUUAUCAAUUAGCUAAACUAUUAGAAGUUUAUGGUUCAAAAUUUGGUCUUUGGCCACCAAUUAUUUAUUCUUAUGUGUUUAUUGCAUCUGAUAUUGUUUCAUUAGCUAUUCAAGCCGCAGGUGGUGGUACAGCAGGUAUGGCUGUAGCAGAUGAAGAGAGUACUAAAAAUGGUACUCAUAUCUUUGUUGCAGGUUUAGCAUUACAAGUAUUUUCGAUGUUAAUUUUUAUGUUUUUAUGGUUUCAUUUCUUAUAUCAAAUUUUCAUUAAGACAAGAUUACAACAUGCAAAAGUUUCAAAAUUUUCCUGGUCUUUAUUAAAGAUUCCACAAGAAGAAAUUGAUUAUAUGUAUGCACCAAAAUAUAGACAUAUGAGAAUUCCAAGUAGAAUUCCAUUUAAGUAUUUCACUCUAGGUAUGACAGGUGCCGUAUUAACAAUUUUCACACGUUGUGUUUAUCGUUUAGCUGAAUUAUCUGAAGGUUGGGAAGGUAAUUUAAUUACUCAUGAAUGGUAUUUUAUUAUCUUGGAUGCUGUUAUGAUGUCAAUUGCAACAAUAUGUAUGACAGUAUUUCAUCCUGGUUUCGCAUUUCAAGGACGUACAGAAAAGCUUCCAAUUGCAAAGACUCAUAAGUUUAAAAAGUCAAAGAAAAAUUUAAAAGAUUCAACUUUUGAUCGUGAUAUUGAAGCUGCAGAUUUAGACACUAAUGGUGGUCAUGAUUUAGCAAACCUUGUAGGUGAUAACAAUAAUGACGACGAUUUAGAUAAUUCUUCUUGGAAUAAUACUGAUAGCAACGAAAAGACAGAUACUAGUUAUGCUAUACCUGUUGUAGAGAAUAAUGGAGCCACUGCAUCUGAUGGUUCAGAUAAUUCUGACACUAAAAAUAAUAAUUCAAAACAAUCUGGUUUAAAAUCAAAAUUAUGGCCUUUCAAGAAAUAA